AUGGCCAGCUUAAUCGCGGUCCUCGACCUCAAGGGCAAGCCGCUCAUCCAAAGAUCAUACCGUGACGAUGUCGCACCAUCAUACAUCGAGAAGUUCCUUCCCAUAGUUCUUGAUCUGGAGGAAGAAGGGCAGCAGGUCACCCCGUGCUUCACGCGUGAGGGCGUGAACUACAUGCACAUCCGUCAUUCCAAUCUUUACCUUCUCGCACUCUCGAAACGCAACUCAAAUGCGGCCGAGAUCAUUCUCUUCCUCCACCGUCUCGUCUCGGUCCUCGUUGAGUACUUCAAGGAGCUCGAGGAGGAGUCCAUCCGCGACAACUUCGUCAUCAUCUACGAGCUCAUGGACGAGAUGAUGGACUUUGGCUACCCACAGACGACGGAGAGCAAGAUCCUCCAGGAGUAUAUCACCCAGGAGUCGUACAAGCUCGAGGUACAGGCGCGGCCCCCAGUCGCGGUCACCAAUGCUGUGUCGUGGAGAUCGGAAGGUAUCCGCUACCGGAAAAACGAGGUCUUCCUGGAUGUUAUCGAGAGCGUCAACCUACUGGUGAACGCAAACGGGAACGUCGUCCGCUCCGAGAUCCUCGGCGCGGUGAAGAUGAAGUGCUACCUGUCAGGCAUGCCCGAGCUCCGGCUCGGGCUGAACGAUAAGGUCAUGUUCGAGUCCACCGGCCGGAACGCGCGCGGGAAGGCGAUCGAGAUGGAGGACGUGAAGUUCCACCAGUGCGUCCGCCUCUCCCGGUUCGAGAACGACCGGACGAUCUCCUUCAUCCCGCCCGACGGCGAGUUCGAGCUGAUGUCCUACCGGCUCUCGACGCCCGUCAAGCCCCUCGUCUGGGUCGAGGCCGCGGUCGAGCACCACAAGGGCAGCCGGAUAGAGUACAUGGUCAAGGUCAAGGCGCAGUUCAAGCGGCGGAGCACCGCGAACAACGUCGAGAUCUACGUGCCCGUCCCGGACGACGCGGACACGCCCAAGUUCAGGGCAUCGACAGGGAGCGUGUCGUACGUGCCCGACAAAUCGGCGUUCGUGUGGAAGAUCAAGCAGCUAGGAGGUGGACGGGAGUUCCUUAUGCGCGCGCACUUCGGUCUUCCCAGUGUACGAGGAGAGCAAGAAUCCCUGGACAAACGCGCACCCAUCACCGUCAAAUUCGAGAUCCCCUACUUCACCGUAUCCGGCAUCCAAGUCCGAUAUCUCAAGAUCGUCGAGAAGAGCGGCUACCAGGCGCUCCCUUGGGUGCGUUACAUCACGCAGAACGGGGACGACUACAGCUUGCGGACAGCCCUGGAGAAGGGCGCCGCUCCUAUCGUGCAGGGGAUGUAA